CGCCGCUAAGCCCAUGAUUUGUUUUCAGAGUACAAAGUAUGUUUAAGUGCAUUAACCGAACAGCCUACAUCACCAGAUAUCUCAAGUCAACAGGAAGCGGCGUCUGUGUUACCCAAGGUUUUAGCUAACAUCAAACUUUCAGCAAAUACUCCUUGGCUGGUAUCGUCCGUCCCGUUCAGAAUGACCGAACCGGCUGUGAGGAGGCUGGUCACCGAGAUCGUCCGCUCCCCGGAGGACAAACGGGACUACAGGGGCCUGGAGUUCAGCAACGGACUGAAGGCCAUGCUCAUCAGUGACCCAACGACAGACAAGUCCUCUGCUGCCUUGGACGUCCACAUAGGUUCCCUGUCAGACCCAGAGAACAUCUCAGGCCUGGCGCACUUCUGCGAGCACAUGCUGUUCCUGGGAACCGAGAAGUACCCCAAGGAGAACGAGUACAGCCAGUUCCUCAGCGAGCACGCGGGCAGCUCCAACGCCUUCACCAGCGGCGAGCACACCAACUACUACUUCGACGUGUCCCAUGAGCACUUGCAGGGAGCUCUGGACAGGUUUGCCCAGUUCUUCCUGUGCCCCCUGUUUGACGAGAGCUGUAAGGACCGGGAGGUGAACGCCGUGGACUCGGAGCACGAGAAGAACCUGAUGAACGAUUCCUGGAGGCUGUUUCAGCUGGAGAAGGCCACGGGCAACCCGAACCACCCCUUCAGUAAAUUUGGAACAGGUAACAAAUUGACCCUUGAAACCAGACCGUGCAAAGAAGGAAUUGAUAUCCGCCAGGAGCUGCUGAAGUUUCACUCUACGUAUUACUCCGCUAAUCUGAUGGGACUCUGCGUGUUAGGAAGAGAGUCUCUGGACGAAUUGACCUCCAUGGUGGAAAAGCUGUUUGAGGAAGUGGAAAACAAGAACGUUCCGGUCCCAGAGUUUCCUGAACAUCCGUUCCAGGAAGAGCAUCUUAAACAACUGUACAAAGUGGUUCCCAUUAAAGACAUCAGGAACCUAUAUGUGACCUUCCCCAUCCCAGACCUACAGAAGUACUACAAGUCCAACCCGGGACAUUAUCUGGGACAUCUGAUCGGCCACGAAGGACCUGGCAGUUUGUUAUCUGAGCUCAAAUCUAAAGGCUGGGUGAACACGCUUGUUGGGGGACAGAAGGAAGGAGCCAAAGGCUUCAUGUUCUUCAUCAUCAACGUGGACCUGACUGAGGAGGGUCUCUUGCACGUCGACGACAUCAUCUUCCACAUGUUCCAGUACAUCCAGAAACUUCGCACCGAGGGGCCUCAGGAAUGGGUGUUUGAAGAAUGCAAGGAUUUAAGCAGAGUAGCCUUCAGGUUCAAGGACAAGGAGCGACCCCGCGGCUACACCUCCAAAGUGGCGGGUUUACUGCACUAUUACCCUCUGGAAGAAGUUCUUGCCGCUGAGUAUCUUUUGGAGGACUUCAGGCCGGAUCUGAUUGAGAUGGUUCUGGAUAAACUGAGGCCAGAAAACGUCAGAGUUGCAGUGGUGUCAAAGUCAUUCGAAGGGCAAACAGACCAAACGGAGGAGUGGUACGGCACGCAGUACAAGCAGGAGGCCAUUUCAGAAGAGAGCAUGACGAAAUGGGCCAAUGCUGACCUCAACGGCAAGUUCAAGCUGCCGAUGAGAAACGAGUUCAUCCCAACCAACUUUGAAAUCUACCCCCUGGAGAAAGACUCUCCUUCGGUUCCAACUUUAAUCAAGGACACGGCAAUGAGCAAGGUGUGGUUUAAGCAGGACGACAAGUUCUUCCUCCCGAAGGCAUGCCUGAACUUUGAGUUCUUCAGCCCGUUUGCAUACGUGGACCCGUUGCAUUGUAACAUGGCAUAUUUGUACCUGGAGCUCCUCAAGGACUCCCUCAACGAGUAUGCAUAUGCAGCUGAGCUAGCAGGCUUGAGCUAUGACCUCCAAAAUACCGUCUAUGGGAUGUAUCUCUCAGUCAAAGGUUACAACGACAAGCAGCACAUCCUGCUGAAGAAGAUCAUAGAGAAGAUGGCAACGUUCGAGAUAGACGAGAAGCGCUUUGACAUCAUCAAAGAAGCAUACAUGAGGUCUCUGAACAACUUCAGAGCCGAGCAGCCUCACCAGCACGCCAUAUACUACCUCCGCCUCCUGAUGACUGAGGUCGCCUGGACCAAAGAUGAGCUCAAAGAGGCCCUGGAUGAUGUGACUCUCGUGCGCCUUCGGGCCUUCAUACCUCAGCUGUUGUCACGGUUACACAUCGAGACCUUGCUCCACGGCAACAUCACCAAGGAGUCGGCUCUCAGCAUGAUGCAAAUGGUGGAGGACACGCUCAUCGAGCACGCCCACACCAAGCCCCUCCUCCCCAGCCAGCUGAUUCGCUACAGGGAGGUGCAAGUCCCAGAUGGCGGCUGGUACGUUUACCAGCAGAGGAACGAGGUUCACAACAACUGCGGCAUUGAGAUCUACUACCAGACGGACAUGCAGGCCACCAACGAGAACAUGCUGCUGGAGCUCUUCUGCCAGAUCGUCUCGGAGCCCUGCUUCAAUACGCUGAGAACCAAAGAACAGCUGGGUUACAUCGUCUUCAGCGGCCUCCGUCGAGCAAAUGGGGUGCAAGGCCUGCGCUUCAUCAUCCAGUCCGAGAAGGCCCCCCACUACCUGGAGAGCCGCGUGGAGGCCUUCCUCUACACCAUGAAGACGACUCUGGAGGAGAUGAGCGACGAGGCCUUCCAGAAGCACAUCCAGGCCUUGGCCAUCCGGCGCCUGGACAAGCCCAAGAAGCUGUCCGCAGAGUGCGCCAAGUAUUGGGGGGAGAUCAUCUCUCAGCAGUAUAACUUUGACAGAGAUAACAUUGAAGUUGCACAUCUGAAGACGCUGACAAAGGAAAACAUAAUAAACUUCUACAGAGAGCGGCUCACAGUGGAAGCUCCAAAGAGACACAAGGUGUCUGUUCAUGUCCUCUCCAGAGAGAUGGACUCCUGUCCAAUAGUCGGGGAGUUCCCUGCUCAGAACGAUGUCAAUCUGGCCCCUGCUCCUUCCCUGCCACAGCCCAUCUUGGUUCAGGACAUGACGGAGUUCAAGCGGAGCCUGCCUCUGUUCCCGCUGGUGAAGCCUCACAUCAACUUCAUGGCCGCCAAGCUGUGAGCCACGCCCGCCGGCGAGGACGGAGGGGGUGCGGUGGCUCCGUUUCCGCCCGCCUCGCUGAGCCUGCAUGACUGUGUGUGUUUAGAUGCGUGGGUACGGGUGGCCGGCGGCGGCCACUAGGGGAGCAGAUGCUCAGUAACUAAAGAACCCCCCCCCCUAAAAACUAGCCGUGGUCGUUUUAAAUAGCGGUCUCACUGGACUCACCUCAUGUUAAAGGAGACGCCACUCUCUCACGCUGUCGGUGCUGCCUAGGCUGCUGUACAGGAAGUAGAACCACUUUUAAAAAAAGAAAAAAAAAAUGUAACCGGAUCCCUUUACGCAGGAGCUUCACCACUAGGAGGCGCCGUCUUGCUUCAGGACGACGUUUUAUCCAACCGUACGCAUUUCCAGAGCCUUAUUCUAGUUUUUAAAGCCAUGUUUGCUUGGUGGGGGAGGAAGAGGAGGAGGAAGAGGAUGUUACCUGGUAAAACGUAGGGACCCUUUUGAGGAGCUGCUUUUAAACAAUCAGCCUCACAAGUUUUUUUUUUUUUUUGGCUUUUAUUGCAUAAAGUAGUUUGAAACACCUCAGGGGUAAAUCCACGCUCUUGUCGUUUUUUGGUUUUAAACGCUUUUUAGUUGUUUUCAUCGCUCCCCCCUCACCAAAAUCUCCAUGGAGAUCCGGACACUGUGCAUCUGUGUGUGUGUGUGAGACUUCCUGCUGCUGGUGCCUUUCCAGGGAGACACGAGUAAACUAUUAUUUUUCUUCUUUUUGUUUGUUUUCUGAAACCAAACGUGUCACUUUUGAUGUCAAAAGGAGCUGGAAGAGGAGGAGGAUGAGGGAGGGGGGGCAAAAGCCAGCUCCAGAUUUUAACGAGCAUUUCCUGAAAAAUAUGCACUUCUCUCACCAAGCAAUAAACGAAGCGUUCCUGACGGCGAGGGGUCUGCUGGGAGCGGCAGACGGAGGGGGGCGUGGCUUGUUGCUCUCUCAGGUGCUAGCCGCACUUUGUCCAGACAUGUCAUUUUUUUUUUUUUUAUUUAUUUAUUCUUCCUCCCGCCACGUCCCGCUUUCUAGGAUCGCAGGAGAUCUGAAUGUCUGUUAUGCUUCUUCGGCGUUUUCACUCGGUCUGGGUCACAGAUUAUUCGUUAAAACGGCGCCGCCGUCGUUUUCCUUUUUGUGGUCGAACCCAAAGACGACAAGCUAGCAAGCAGCAUACGGUGAACGUUAAAAAAUAAAGCAGUUUUCAAGUGCACUACGGCACAAAUAUUAACAUUACAUAUCAGGCUUGGGUAGGGGCACACACCUCGUGAAGUACUUAGAGAGUGGUUUAUAUUUAGAUGUUUUUUGUUUUUUUUCCCUUUUUGAUUCUUGAAUGUCUUCAACACACGGCUGCGAUUGGUUGGUUGCGCUUCGGCGCCGGCGGAGAGCGCUGAUGAUUUUUAGGUUUGGCGUUUUUAUGUUUUCUGUGUGUUUCUAAAUAAUAAACAAGUGAACGGCAUCACUGCUGUGGUUUCUUUUUCUUCCGGGUCAAACUGCACUCGGCCAACUCACCGUUUGCAAAAAUACAUUUAUUCACAGAUGUGACAAGUCAAAGGUUCACAACAAAAUUCAUUUUAUUCCACUUUUUUUUUUACUGUUGGCAGAGGCUGAUGACUGCAGUGAGAGGCUGUGGUUCGCAGGCAGAGAUUCUUCCAUACAUAAUCCAAAGCUUGAUUUUCAGUAAUUCAGUUCAAAAUUGGAAGCUUAAGACUCUUUACAGUCAGUUGUUUUUGUAUUUUUCUUAAAAUAUUUUAGGAAAAUAUCUAAUCUGUGGCUCCUUCUGCAUGAAUUACUGGAGUUAAGGUGCAUCGGUUAACCUUUUUUCCUUCCACUAAACUUUCCAGUACUAAGCUUUGACACUGCAGCUGAGCCGUCUUCUCCAUGAUGGUCAUUUGGUUUAUGCAGAGAGAAAAAAACUGUUACAGAAUGAUGCUUAGGCUGUAUUCACAGAAGAUAAACUGAAAUAAAAACCUGAAAUAUCACUGAUUGUAAUGAAUCUUUAUGAAAUCCACUUUCUGAAUUACUGAAACAGCAAUUUCUCAAAUUUAUUUUUUCCAUUGCAGAGGCACACUUUAUAUUUGUGUCCAUGAAACUACAAAAAAA